GAAGUUGCACGCAGAGCCGGAAGUGAAGGAAAUCCCCCGUCCCUAGAUAACCGUCAGACACACCAAACGUGAAGUGUUAGGUUAGAUUCAUAGCUCCCCACGUUAAGCGAAGCCCCUUCCCGGGCUAGUGAAACAGAUUCCGUCUUGUCGCGAUAGUUAGCGUCACAAGACUUAGAGCGGAACGAGAGUUCGUGGACAACUCAGUGAGCGUGCGCACUUUAGACUACUUGUCCUCGCGCCUCUGGAACCCGAGUCCGUCUUUCGGGCAUGCGCGCACAGGAAACUCCGCCUCAUUGGCUCCCGGAAGUGAUCGCUUAGUCCGUCGUGCGCGUGCGCACAGCCAAGACGAGGCCGUCGCGGAGGUUAAGCCCGGGAAUCGCGGCCUUGGGCGCUGGUCCUUUUUGCUGUAUGAGGCUCCAGCAGUGAUGACAAGGGCUACUCCACUCCUCUCCUGGACACUGUUUCUCCUUGUCUCCUGAAGCUCCCAGGCCUGCACCAUGGACUUCCAGCACAGACCUGGAGGCAAGACUGGGAGUGGGGGCGUGGCCUCCUCCUCCGAGAGUAACCGGGACCGCAGGGAGCGCCUGCGGCAGCUGGCCCUUGAAACCAUCGACAUCAACAAGGACCCGUAUUUUAUGAAAAACCAUCUGGGCUCCUAUGAAUGCAAACUCUGCCUGACGCUGCAUAACAAUGAGGGGAGCUACUUGGCCCACACCCAAGGGAAGAAGCAUCAGACUAACUUGGCCCGGCGAGCUGCCAAAGAGGCCAAGGAAGCCCCUGCCCAACCAGCACCUGAGAAGGUCAAGGUGGAGGUAAAAAAGUUUGUGAAGAUUGGCCGCCCUGGCUACAAAGUGACCAAACAGAGGGACACAGAGAUGGGCCAACAGAGCCUGCUGUUUCAGAUUGACUACCCUGAGAUUGCCGAGGGCAUCAUGCCACGCCACCGCUUCAUGUCUGCCUACGAGCAGAGGAUUGAGCCCCCAGACCGCCGCUGGCAGUACCUGCUCAUGGCUGCAGAGCCCUACGAAACCAUUGCCUUCAAGGUGCCGAGCCGGGAGAUUGACAAGGCAGAGGGAAAGUUCUGGACCCACUGGAACCGAGAGACCAAGCAGUUUUUUCUUCAGUUCCACUUUAAGAUGGAGAAGCCUCCUGCCCCACCCAGCCUCCCAGCUGGACCCCCAGGCGUCAAGCGGCCCCCUCCUCCACUCAUGAAUGGCCUGCCUCCUCGCCCACCACUGCCAGAUGCCUUGCCCCCACCUCCGCCUGGUGGCCUGCCUCUGCCCCCUAUGCCUCCCACUGGGCCUGCUCCCUCUGGGCCCCCUGGACCUCCCCAGAUGCCUCCCCCAGCUCCUGGGGUCCAUCCUCCAGCCCCAGUGGUGCACCCACCCACAUCUGGGGUCCAUCCCCCAGCUCCUGGGGUCCAUCCCCCAGCCCCAGUGGUCCACCCACCAACAUCUGGGGUCCAUCCCCCAGCUCCAGGUGUGCUCCCAGCGGCCCCUGGAGUGCUCCCAGCAGCCCCUGGAGUGCACCCACCAGCUCCAGGUGUGCACCCAGCAGCCCCUGGAGUGCACCCAGCAGCCCCUGGAGUGCACCCACCAGCUCCAGGUGUGCACCCAGCAGCCCCUGGAGUGCACCCGCCAGCUCCCGGGGUCCACCCUCCCCCAUCAGCUGGAGUUCAUCCUCAGGCUCCAGGAGUACACCCACCUGCUCCUGCAGUUCACCCUCAGGCCCCUGGGGUGCACCCCCCAGCUCCUGGCAUCCACCCUCAGGCACCUGGGGUACACCCCCAGCCUCCUCCUGGGGUCCACCCUGCUGCGCCUGUAGUCCACCCUCAGCCUCCAGGGGUUCACCCCUCAAAUCCUGGGGUGCACCCAGCUCCUAUGCCCCCCAUGCUAAGGCCCCCACUCCCCUCAGACGGCCCUGGGAACAUGCCUCCCCCUCCCCCAGGCAACUGAGUCAUGGCCCCAGCACCUCCUGCUGCCUGUGCGCAGCCUUUUCCCGGGGCCAGUCCUUGGAAAGUUUUCUAUUUUGUCCUGUUCUGAGUCCAUUAAACAGCCUCCCCCAUGUC